CUAAUAAUCUCCCCCAAAAUUCAGCCACCAUAACAGAAAUCGCGAGUGGUACAAAAGAUCGGCCGGCAUCUAGCCUCAGCGCCAUGGCAGCUGCAAAGCUAGCACUCAACUCGUUCGCGAGAGCCCCAUCGGCUCGCAAUACUCCCACCUCCUCCUCCUCUUCUUUCUUUCCCAUAUCGAGAGCUAUCUCCUCCCCUCCUCCGCUCCGCUCUUCGGCCCGCCAACUCCCAUACCACCACCACCAUCCGCUGCCGAAGGAGCGGGCCGCCGAAGAUCCACAGCGGCAACAGCACAAGACCAUCCUUGUCGAGACCUUCCACCGAAACAACCGCCUCAAAGCCCUUCUCGGCGAGCUCUCCAGAAAGGGCUCGAACCCUGUUCGUCUCCUCCGAAGAGAUGGGGAUUGGACCCACGACCAGCUUUGGGCCGCCGUUACAUUCCUCGUGGAGGCCGGCCGAGCCCCAGAGGCCCUCCAGGUGUUUGAUUUCUGGAAGAGCAAAGAAAUGACCCGAAUCAAUGAUGCUAAUUACUCAAGAAUCAUUCAGUUGUUGUGUGAAGAUUGCUUAAUGGAAGAAGCAGUUUCUACCUUACAAGAUAUGGAGAAGUAUGGUCUUGUCCCUUCUUUGGCAAUCUACAAUGCCAUAAUUCAUGGAUUUGCUGGAGAAAAGGAUUUUGAUAACUCAAGUGCUACUUUUGAGAAGAUGUUGGAGGCUGGUCUGUUGCCUACAUCUGAAACAUACAAUGGACUAAUUCGAGCAUAUGGAAGUUAUGGAUUGUAUGAUGAGAUGAGUAAGUGUGUGAAGAGAAUGGAAUCAGAUGGAUGUUUUCCAAAUGAAGUUACUUAUAACAUAUUGAUCACAGAGCUUGCCCGAGGUGGACUUAUUGAAAGAAUGGAAAGAGCAUACAGAACGCUCUGUUCUAAGCGAAUGAAUUUGCAACCCUCCUCUUUAAUUGCAAUGCUUGAGGCUUAUGCAGACCUGGGGAUCUUGGAGAAGAUUGAAAAGGUUCACCGCAGAGUUAUGAACUCGGAUGCUUAUAUGAAGGAGUGCUUGAUAAGGAAAUUAGCCACUGUUUAUAUCAAGAAUUAUAGAUUUUUACAUCUGGAGGAGUUGGGAAAUAAUAUCAGUGCUAGAAGCGGUAGAACUGACCUUGUCUGGUGUAUCCUCCUCCUUUCUAGUGCUUGUGUUUUGAGCCGAAGGGGUAUAGAGUCUAUUAUUCAGGAGAUGAAAGUAGCAAAAGUAAGGUUCAAUAUAACAUUCACAAACAUUCUUGCAAUGUUUUAUUUGAAGAUGAAAGACUUUAGGAGUUUGGAUGCUGUGUUCUCCCAAGCUGGAAAACAGAAUAUAAAACCUGAUAUUUUCACUGUUGGUGUACUCUUUGAUGCAUGCAAGAUUGGGUACAAUGGAACCUAUGUUAUCGAAGAAUGGAUAAAAAAUGGAUCUUUAGAAGAAGCGGUGGAAACUAAAACCGACAAUUUAGUCCUGACUGCUUUUGGAAAAGGAUCUUUUAUUAAGUGCUGUGAGAAGCUAUACUCUUCUAUUGAAUCUGAAGCAGAACAGAAGAAAAUUUGGAGAUACAGUGAUCUGAUCAGUUUAGUUUUUGGAAAAAAGCCAGGAAGAGUUGCCUAGUGCAAAUUGAACAAGAAUGAAUUGGUUAGAUGGGUUUUUCUUAAGUUACUCUUUUUCAUAUGGUUGGGGGGAUUCUUUUCUCCAGUGGACUUGAAUAUUUCCCUCCAAAUGAUGGAGUGGAACCAAGUCAAGGCAGGUUGAUCGUGUGCACAAAAGCUAAUGAUUUCUGAGAUAAACCAAAUUAUUCUAUAAUACUGGCAGCUUUAUAUUGCUUUCACAAAAUUGAUUCUGCAACUUUUGGCUGAAAUGCUGGGGGUUUUUUUCUUGACCUGCUUUUAACUCUUCAGAUCCCUGCUACAAUCAUGCAUGCAUGUAACUUAUUUGCUCUAGCUUCCCUUACAAUUGCCUAUACUUGGAAGGUCUGAAGAAGCAAGCUGUUCUUCUGUAUAUUAUACAAUGUGCCAAUGAGGAGGUGAACAAUUGCAGGCAAAAAUUCAGUGAUAGGAACAAAUCUUAAAUUUCACGGAUUAUCAUGGGCUGUUGUGCUGGAACAUGUGGACAGAAAGCUGCAUGCUGCAGAAAAUAAUAUAGAUAGGCAUACACACAAUCCUUGGUUGUGAGGACAGUCCUGCUGCUUUAAAAGAUUCUAGGAAAUUGUGACAUAAUUCCCAAUUAAAGAAAUUGAACUCAGACAACUAAUGUGAACUAAAACUCUGUUAAGACUAUUUCAGGCUCUAGCUGUAGAUUUGGUGAAUAAUCUUAGACCACCAUGGUGAUAUUUAGUAAGCCUACAACAUGAGAUUCAUUAGCAACAGUAUAAGCAUAUCAGACAGUAAGUAAAUUCAGGAAAUGGAAAUUACACUGAAAGUGACUAGUCCAGCUGCUAGUGCAUUUGAAAUUCUGAGACACUUGGGAAGCCAGAGCUAUUAUUUCUGUGUGGAUUCAUCAAAAGAAUCAAUAUUAUCGUGUGAAGAUGAUCAAGUUGCAGACCUUACCAUUGGAAGCUUUUGGACCUUUCAAAUGACUGUUUUUCCUCCUAGCUUCUGUGACAUUGUGAUUACUGUAAAGAAAAUUUCUUGUGUGUUAGCUUGCAUGGGCUCAUGGUAUAGCUGUCUAUUUCAUCUUUAAAUCAAAGUACAUGGUGAGUCAUUUCAAAAAAGAAAACUGGGUAUUGCAGAUUUCUCGUGAAUGUUUUAAUAUAUACAUCACAUUUCCUUGGUGCA